AUGGCAUCAUCCAUCGACACGAUGCAUGGUCCAGAUCCCGAGGAGAUCAAGCAAGCUCUUAUGGCCGAGCUCGGAAGAAGCAGGCAAGAUGAGCUUCCAUUGAGCAACCAGUCGAAGCGACCAAGCUAUCAGCCCAUGCGUUCUGGAACGAGCCAUAUCCCGCAGGCUCGAAAAGAUCAGCUUGAGAGCAAAUGGGGGAAAAAAAUCAUCGAUGAAGAAAGCCAACAAAUGGAAGGGCUGGAGCUUGGCAGUAGCCGCCCUUGGGCCAAGAUCACAAAUCAGUACAUGGCACGCCAUGCAGUUGAGUCUGCACCACCAAGGCUCGCAGUGAGAGCACCCCAAACACGGCCUUUUGCCAUUCCCAAGGCUCCCUCGUCUACCAGAUCUUCGAAAGGUGUGAGCAAUGCUCUCGCGCAGGCAUCAACUCAUGUCUCUCAUCAAACUGCGCCGCGAAAUGGACUCCGAGUCAGCUCAGGUUCUAGCAACCAGGGCCAGAAUGCCAUCUCUACGGGAAGAAAUCUCGGCGAGCCCAGGCCGACAUCAUCUACUCCGCAACACACCGUGGAGCACAUCCUGUCUCAAGGCGAAUGCAUGCUUAUUGACGAGAGUGAUGACUCAUCUGUCUCUGCGAAAUUCGUAGCAAAGGUCAUUAUGCAGCGAAACGAGGGACUGUUCAUGCUUAUGCCAUCUGGCCAACCCCAAUCAGUAUACAACGUCCUCAGCCUCGGUGUUCCGGUCAUUCAAGGACCUUAUUGUAUCAUUUAUGGCGCAAGGAAUGAGCGCCUGCACAAGGUGAAGCUCCGAACUACAUCUGCUGCAGAAAGUUUUCAGUAUUUACUGAAAACCCUCCAACAAUCUGCUCGGCAGUUUUGUGAGCCGAGACCUGCGUCUCCCAAACCCGCCCCAAUUGUCGCUGCUUCAAAGGAAGAAGCAGCUAAUCCUCUUCCAACUCCCUCGAAAACAGCCUCGAAAGCACCAGAGGAUGUUCCAGAGAUCUCUGAUGGGGAUAAAAGAGCCGCUCUACAAACGCCACAAUCAACCGAAGCACCAUUGCAACAAGAUUCCGAAAGAAGCCUUCUUAACUUGGAGGACGAACCUCAACCGCAACUAUCACUGACCAUAGAUGCCGCCGCAGACCACAUGCAGCGCAUUGUUACCCAAAUAUUAUCAGAAAUCACUGCAACUGGAGUCAAUGUUCCUGAAAAGGGCGUUGAGGAAAUCGAAUCGACAGCGAUCGCUAAUUGGAUGGCACAAGGGUUCAUGGAAUCUGAGACUGGAUCCGACGACAUGAAAGACGAACUCGUUGAUCUUCUUCGACUGCUCGUCCGCAUCAAAAGAAAGGUACAGUACAGACAUGGUAUCAGCGUUGGAAGCAAAGAUGUCUCUAUCUCAAGCGCAACGUUGCAAGACCUCCAAGAAAUUGUCGAAAAGCCAAGCAAGCGCAUCAAAUACACCACCGCGGAUAUCAAGGAGCUGGAGACGCAUGCUGUAUCGCGCCAAGAUAAGAUCAUGGCCUCGGGCCUUCAAGAGAUCCAGAGGAAAUCACCUAAGCCGGUUGAGUCCAAAGAGAGCUCACCUAUUCCAGAUGUCUCUAUUCCAGAUGUCUCUGGUCCAGAUGACUCUAAAACGGGUUUGCCUCUUGCAGAUGAGCCGAAGAAGAAGAUAGAUCUGGUUCGCCCUUCUAAUUCUGGCGCGAAGGAACCAAGCGUACCCUCGCACUCUUCCUCGAGAGCAGAACUCCCGGAUUCUACGGCGAAGGUAACAACUGAUGUCUCAAGCCCUGCCCCAGCGACGCCAACCGAACCGUUGAACUCUGCCUCGAAAGCAUCAAGUGGAGCCUCGAAUUCUGACUUGAAGGCCCCAGGUGGACUUGCCACGUCUCGAUGGGCCACCCCAGGCGCCUGGUCAGCUCCAACCACAACGACUGCGGCUGUGGUUGCGAAGAAAGAAGCAACAACUCCUUUCAAGCCUACAGCACCUGUCUUCAUCAGCAAGAAGACUGCCCCAAAAGGCUUGAGCUCUUCCAGAUGGGCGAUGGGCGACAUGCCUAUCGCAAACAAGGGUGCCUUUGCUAGUUUCUGA